AUGACUUCUCCGUCAGGGCAGGGAGGCGAUGGAUGGAUCCGUCUAGAAGACAUCAUGACACGGCCAUAUGCGCAGCACCCUCUACGCUCCGCGGACUCCUCAAGGACCUUGGCAUCUCAAAUAGAGCCGCACAACGUAAACAACUCAUCAACAGAGUUCUUAUCACUUGAGCAGGGCGCCAGCAAUGCCAGUUCAUCUGAAUUGGUGCACGAUGUCGAAAAGCUAGCCCCCGUGGUCAUCGAAGAAGCCAGAGGUGAAGACUCUAACUUGCUAACACCUCUCCCAUGUAUCAAGGUGACAUGGUCCGGUGCUCAUGACCCGGAGUGCCCGAAGAACUGGCCGAAGAGGAAGAAAUGGGCCAUUACAAUACUCAUAUCCGCCUUCACCUUCAUCUCGCCCGUCUCGUCUUCAAUGGUGGCGCCAGCGCUCACAGCUGUCAGCCGAGAGUUUGAUAUCAAGAGCCCCGUCGAGGUCGAGCUUACGCUGUCAAUAUUCGUCCUCGCCUAUGCUAUCGGGCCACUUUUGUUCGGGCCACUGUCAGAGACCUUCGGUAGGGUCCGGGUUAUCAUGUGGAGUAAUUUCUUCUACCUAGCUUGGAACUUGGGCUGUGGGUUUGCGCGGAACGAGACCCAAAUGCUCGUCUUUCGCUUUCUUAGUGGAAUUGGUGGGAGCGCGCCAUUGGCCAUUGGCGGCGGAGUGUUGAGCGAUUGCUGGGCUCCAGAGCAACGGGGAAGGGCGGUCGGAAUAUACAGCCUGGCGCCUCUUCUAGGUCCCGUGGUUGGACCAAUUGCUGGAGGGUUUAUCGCCGAGGGAACGACGUGGCGUUGGGUGUUUUGGGCUACAAGUACUGCUGCUGCUCUGAUAGAAGUCUGCGGGUUCUUCUUCCUACCGGAGUCGCAUCAUGCAACAUUGCUGAAACGUAAGAGAGACCGCCUAAGAAAACAGACAGGAAACAACGAGCUAUACACUGAGCACGAUAGCAGCUCAAGCUUGCUCUCAAUGAUCGGUGGUACAAUUUUGAGACCCUGUCGAAUGAUAGUAACGCAACCUAUUAUCCAGGUGAUCGCUCUGUAUAUGGCCUACCUCUUUGGACUCUUCUACCUUCUGCUUUCGAACUUCCCAUCUGUUUGGGAGAACAUCUACCACGAAAGUGUUGGUGUCGGUGGCCUGAACUACAUUUCGCUUGGAGUCGGCUACGUAAUUGGCGGGCAAGUGAGCGCCUACGCCAACGACAGGAUUUAUAUUCACCUUAAGGAGAAGCAUAAUAACAUUGGCAAACCCGAAUUCCGCAUUCCGCCGAUGUUCAUCGGGUCAGUACUCAUCCCCAUCGGCCUGUUCUGGUACGGCUGGAGUGUGCAAACACGGCUACAUUGGAUAAUGCCUAACUUAGGCGUGGCAAUUUUCUCAGCCGGUUCAGUCGCUUGUCUCCAGUCGAUGCAGUCAUACAUCAUUGACAGCUAUUCGCGUUUCGCGGCGUCCGGACUCGCAGCUGCUGUCGUGCUCCGCAGCCUAGCAGGGUUCGGCUUUCCUCUUUUUACCCCCUAUAUGUACCAGGCGUUGGAUUAUGGAUGGGGCAAUAGUCUACUUGGGUUUAUUAGUAUUGCCAUUGGUAUUCCGGCACCGUACAUAUUUUGGGUGUAUGGCCCGAAGCUGCGCAGUAUGUCGAGCUUCGCGACAGGCUAA